AUUGUCAAAAGCAAUCAUAUUUGCAUUAUUUUUCCCCUCAGUUUUAAUGCAGAGUUGGGAAAGAAAAAGUCACAACUCUAUUUGAAUAUUUUUGGUGUUGCUUUCUUACAUAAUGGAUGAUCACACUAUUACUUCUUUCAACUACAGUUACUUUGAAUUUUGAAUGUGGGAGCCUAAUGAACAGUUACUUUUAAGAGCGCCAGUUCGUUACAAAAAGCAUGAAGGAACGUUGUUUGUUACACCUCGUCGGGUUGCUUGGCAACAACAAGGAUCCUCGCAACUAAUACCAUCUAUUCAUUAUAAUGAUAUCGGAGGCCUUGCGCAAACGCCACAGUCGUCCCCGAAAAUCUUACUUAAGAUAUCUGUCACAGCACCUGUAGCUAAAGAUUACACUUUUCAUUUCACUUCUCUGAAAGCAUUGCAAGAACGAGAAGCCAUCAAAUCGCAAGUAACAGAAUUAUUAGCACGAGCGAGAGGCACGAGUAGUAGUGCAGUUGGAACGCCAAGGCCGAUCACACCAACAGCGUCGAUGGGCGUACCGUCGCCUAUGCCUGCCACACCACCCGUGACAAACUCACCCUCUGUUCAACCACCAUUGGAAACAUCGUCUGCAGCUGCGCUGCAAAAGCCAUCUACACCUAUUAUCACCAAUACACCAUCACAGAGUGCUGUUUCUUCGCCUACUUCUCAGCAACAGCAACAGCAGCAUCCAGCAAGGACAUUGCGACAAGAAGAAUUCGCAGAUAGGAAAGCUUUGUUGACAUCAAGUAAAGAAUUACAGACGUUACAUAAAGAGCUUGUGGUGGUAGGAAAGAGUGUGAGUGAAGAGGAGUUUUGGGCAAGCCCUUAUAUCAAACGCAUUCGUCAGAAACUGAAAAGAGACGCGGUGUCGAGAGAGGGAAAGCAGAAAGGUAGAUCAUCAAGAAUGGUAGAAUUGAAAGCUAGCCAGCAAGAAGGUUCUGAUGUGAAAUAUACCUUAACAAGUCAAAUUAUACAUAACAUAUUCACUGAGUUCCCAUCGGUCAAAAGAGCAUAUGAUACCAACGUGCCUGAUAAAAUGUCAGAACAGAUAUUUUGGAAAAGAUUCCUGGCAUCUGAAUUCUUCCACAGAUCGCGUACUGGUGGCAGACCACAAUUGACCCCGUACGACGAUAUUUUUGACAAAUGUUUACAGGAAGAAGAUGAAGAGAAUUCGAAGCCUCAAACAAUUACCCGUAUGGAUAGAAUCAGAUUUGAUAUUGAUUUAACCGCUACAUUAGAAGAUCAUAUAGAGAGCGGCAAUCGACCUGAUUUCACGAUGAUACCGGGCAGGGAAAAACAAGCUUUACCACUAAUUCGUAGAUUUAAUAGACAUUCUUCGCGAGUAUUGGAAACACCUCCAUCAAAAUUAAAGCUACCUGAACCAACAGCGACAGAAGAAAUAGAAAAAGAUAUCAUCCUCACGGAUCUAGUCGAGCAAAAACCACCAGAAAAAAUAGAAUUAGACAUACAAGAUACCAAACGUUAUUUCGAAAGUCAAACGGGAGGAUCUGAUCAAGUAAAGUUGAAUGAGGAGGAUACAAAGAAGUUACUGGAAGGAUAUAAGCAUGAGUUUGAAAAUUGGCGGCCUGAUCUUGUAACAGGUCAAGAUAAUUUUGUGAAGAAAAGAGUAGCCGAUGCAGUAUGUGAGGAAUUAACAGAUACGAUUAAGAAGAAAGCAAGAUAUAACGAAAAAUCUGCGACCGAUAUGAGAUUCCCUCCUCAAGUUCAGUCAAAGAUUCAUGCCUUCCACAUGGCAACAAAUGAACUUUUACGCCAUUUUUGGUCUUCUUGGGAACCAUAUCGAGCAGAUAAAAAUCAGCGUAUGGUUGAAAGUCUAAAGAGGCAGAAAGACAAAUUGAAAGAAGUUUUGAUUUCAGUAGUGAGCUUUCAAGGAGAUCCUGAAAAAUGUAAACAGACUCUGAUGCCUGAUUUACAAGCGGUAGAUAGAGCAUUAGAAACGUCUCAAAAGCGAGUAAAUGGGAGAAAGAAACUGAUGAAAGUCUGAGUAGCUGUAAUAUAAUCAGAUAGCUCUCUUUUGCAUUAUCCUAAUACGCUUAAAAUAAAAGACAUUUGCAUGAUGAAAACCAAAGAUGCCACUAUUGAUGAGCUACCAAGUACAGAGCAG